AUGAAUUAACCGAGAAGCAAAAGUUUAAGAAUUGACACACCUAGUGGAUAAUCAUAACUAAAUAAGGAUAUGGUUCUUAAAUUAUAAUCUUUAAACCCUUCUUCCUUUGUUACAUAUGAAGUUUUGGAUUUAUUUUUUACUUAAUUGUAGUCAGUUUUAAGAGAAAUAUAAGUUAAAUAGCAAGACUUUGAAAAAAUGUUUAUUUAUUUUAGGACAUUUAAUGAAUUUGAAAAUAAGCUAAAAGAUUUAGAAUUAGUAGUCAAUAGAAUAGCUUAAGUAGUAAUACCACUUUAGGAAGAAUUAAUUGAGAAAGUUUAAAAGAGUGAAAUUUAACAAUAAUCAAUAGAAAAAUACUUUUCGACAUUCCCAUAAUAAUUAGAUCUAAUUCUUAAUGAUAGGUUUAACUUUCUUGAAAAUUAAAAUAAUCAUAUAACAAAACAAACCAAAAAUAUACAAGAAAAUUUGGAUGAAAUUUAGAACCAUGUAUUUAAUUUUCUAUUUAUAGAUAAAAAAACAAGAUAAUGAUAUGUUAAUCCUAUUAAAAUCUUAUAAAGAGUUAUUAUCUAUAGAUCCUCAAUAUAAAUCUUUAAAAUAGUAAUUAAAUUCAAUUAGUGAAGGUCUAUAUGAUAUUAAAUAACAAUUUUUUUUAUGA